AGCAAGAAUGAAAAAUCUCAAAAAGACUGACAGAGUUCAGUUCCCCACAAGGGAACUGUGUGUGAAGAACAUUUCUGGUGUCUCCUACUGUCACAUUACAGGAAAAUUGCCAAAAUCGCUGUAAAACCUCCCAACUCACUCACUCGCUAUCAGUGACUGGAGUGUUGCAAAUCUUCAGAUUUUACAAACUGUUACAAAUUAAGACCAUGCAAACUUGUGUCAACGAAAAAAGUGAUUUCCUUACAAGUUGUUGAGGAAAGUCAUAAUUUGUUGUAAGAUUGAGUAGGCUGUCACACCCGACCUCCUCACCUGUCUCAAUGAUAAGUCACCUGGGAAUAAAUCCUCACAAACAAACCUGGCAAGACACAGGGCUUAUUCAGGGCACAUAUAAGGCCAUGUUACAAAGUCUGUAUCUCGUGUGGUGCUUGUAGCUAGCAGCCAUGUUACCCAAAGUCCACUUGUUUCAGCCUAGUGACUAAGGGAGGGUGGACAAACCUUGGACGUUCUCUGCAUGGGAUGCAGCUGCCCAAACAAUGAUACCAGUGGAAUGACUUCACCGUGGAGACCUCAUUACCUCAAGAUUGUUUACCUGAAUGCAAAUUUAAUCAAUCAUGAAUCUACAUGAUUAACAGGCCUAAUUACCACAUCGUGAUCAUUCAGGAUCUUUCAAGAUGUUGACCAACCGCAGAACAUCAAACGAAGGAAACUAGUGCCUCACACCAACACAGGACACCAGUGCCUCACACCAACAUAAGACACUAGUGCCUCACACCAACACAGGACACCACUGCCUCACAACAACACAGGACACUAGUGCCUCACACCAACACAGGACACCAUUGCCUCACACCAACACAGGACACCAGUGCCUCACAACAACACAGGACACCAGUGCCUCACACCAACACAGGACACCAGUGCCUCACACCAACACAAGACACCAGUGCCUCACACCAACACAAGACACCAGUGCCUCACACCAACACAGGACACCAGUGCCUCACACCAACACAGGACACCAGUGCCUCACACCAACACAGGACACCAGUGCCUCACAACAACACAAGAUACCAGUGCCUCACAACAACACAAGAUACCAGUGCCUCACACCAACACAAGACACCAGUGCCUCACAACAACACAAGAUACCUGUGCCUCACACCAACACAAGAUACCAGUGCCUCACACCAACACAAGACACCAGUGCCUCACAACAACACAAGAUACCAGUGCCUCACACCAACACAAGAUACCAGUGCCUCACACCAACACAAGACACCAGUGCCUCACACCAACAGAAGACACCACUGCCUCACACCAACACAAGACACCAGUGCCACACAUCAACACAAGACACCAGUGCCUCACACCAACACAAGACACCAGUGCCACACACCAACACAAGACACCACUGCCUUACACCAACACAAGACACCACUGCCUCACACCAACACAAGACACCAGUGCCUAAAACCAACAGAGGACAUCAUUGCCUCACACCAACACAAGACACCAGUGCCUUACACCAACACAAGACACCAGUGCCUUACACCAUCACAAGACACCACUGUCUCACACCAACAUAGGAGACAUAUGCCGCAUUUCUUACACCAUCACAUCCCAAGGCAAUCCAACCACAAUGGAGUCAUACCCACAAGAUUCCUGCGCUAAAUUAUUUAUUUCCAAAGGGUGUUUUAAUCCAAUUAUCACAACAGGAUCCCAGCAACAAGGUGUGGUUUCAGUGGUCGGAACAAUCUAGAAAUUCUGCCCGGGAUUGAAAGAACUUCUAAUCAAUCAGUUUGCCAUGAUGAAGUUUGAAGGGUGUAUUGUGGUCUGUGGUAUGUACAAGAGAGAGGCUCGAGUCAAUCAGAGUUAUUGAUUCCCAGCAACUGGCAUCUAUCAAUAUUAGCUGAAAUGCAAAUCCAAGUGCAUUAUCUGCCUGGCUUCCAUGACACAUAAGCUUCACAGCACUGCAGUCAGGAUUGACUAUGCAGAUGACUGAGACAUGACAUUCAGAAAGGAUGCAAUCACAGCCAUCUCCUCGUCUGACACUCUCUUUUCUUUCAACUCAAGCACAAUGAUGAUUACAUUCUAAAUAUAACUGACACUUACAAGAAAUAUGAAUGGAAGGAUUUCAGUGCUUUCCAGUGGCACGUACGUCUCAAGGAUAAUGUUCUAUUUUCAAUUGGCUUUGUUGUGAACUCAGCAUCUUCAAUGGAAACAAAACGACAUGGAAAAAAAGAUUAAUUCAAGGUCACGGUUUGUUAUGUGAAAAUCAUUAAAAUGUGAGGCCCACUUUCCAUGUGGCAUUUCUGUGAUACUGGCCAGCGCACAGUUUGUAUUUCUUCACCUGGAGUUACUAUGCAACAUUGAUGAUGAAGAAGAAGGGAUGCUGCAACAAUCCCUGUUUUCUGACCUAUGCUACACGCAUGGUGUUCUCCCUGCUAGUUCUACUCAGUGCUUCCCAGAUAACCUGUACCGUCAUUUUCAUGCUCGUUUGUCGAAGAAGUGCUCGCGACCUUGUGUUGACCCUUGACCUUUCCGUUGACCCUUGCAUAGGUCAAGGUAUCCCAGCCUAUAUGGCGUCACUAGUUCUGUUGGUGACAGUCCUUGGGUUUGGAUGUCUGGGACGGAAAGCAACUUCAGUGAUUUUGAUAUUUCUCGGAAUUUGUGAUGUUGGUGUUUCCAUAUAUCUUCUCAUUACACAGUUAAAUCAGAACUUUGGUCAAAUCGAGACUGAUUUGAACAACACACUUUCAUCAUGUGCUGGUGACAUUGAUGUCGUUACGAUUAACACAGUCAGCAACACAACAUACACUGUUGACAACAACUUCCGAACUUGUUCCGGCAUUUACACCCUUCUAACACAAACCUGCACAGAAAUCAUUUCCCUUUUUUCAGACCCGCUCCCGUACAAAAAUAUGCAAGCAUGUUCCAGUAUUAUUAUACAAUCUCUCACCAACAUUAAAUUCAAAUAUUACCCCGUUUCUCUACCACUGAUGUUUUUAUCAUCAAUAAUGUACAUAGUGUUGAGCAUGUCCUUGUUUUAUAUCCAACAUCGAGACAAGAAGCUUCCCGGGUACAGACGAAGGGAGCACAUUCUCCAUGCACCGGAGUUCCGGGAGUGUUCGACAAAGGACACGGAUGAAACUGACAUAGGGGCAGGGUGGACAUUGAAGCUGUGUUUGUUGAACUUGUUGUGGUGCCGUUGUGCUGUGUUGUUCAAACAACAGUACUGUUGUGGGGUAAGACAGUCUCGGAGGGAUAAUCGAGAUAUGUAUGAGUUUGAAGCAUUACCGAUGAGACUCGCACAUGAGGAACCGAUGACAUCUGUUACGCAGCUUGUAUGACAAUUGUUGAUAACUCAUGUUUCAUGUGUAAGUAACUAAUUAUAACUGCAACACAGUAAGCUAGACAGCUAGUGUCCCAUACAAAAGCAGCUGAGAUGUGAUACACUUUUGGGAUUACAAAUUGUUGACACUUGUUUCAUCUGCAUAGAGCUGAUUAUAACUGCAACACGGUCAGACAGAACGUUGACAGCUAGUGUCCGUCAAGCAUCUGUGUGGUACAAAGUUGAGAUGACAAACUGUUGAAAGACCCUGUUUCAGCUGCAUGGAGCCGGUCAACUCUGCAAGACACUAAGACAGAUUGUCGACAGCUCGUGUCCAAUAUGCAAGCAGACUAUGUGUUGAGAUGUGUUUCACAUGCAUGCGGAGCAGACAAUCAACUUGCAGCACAUUCAGACAGAUAGCGUCCAUCAAACAGCUGAUAUGUGGUACACAGUUGGGAUGAAAAACUGUUGACAUCUGUUUCAUAUGAAUAAAGUUGAUCAUAACUGCAACCAAUCAGACAGAAUGCUGACAGCUAGUGUCCCAUAGCCGAUAUGUGGUACACCGCUGGGAUGACAAAUUGAUGACAACUUGAAUUUCAUCUUCAGCAGCAGAUGAACCCUGCUAGACAGUAAAACAGUGCUGACAGCUAGUGUCCCAUGGCCGAUAUAUGGUACACCGCUGGGAUGACAAAUUGAUGACAACUUGAAUUUCAUCUUCAGUAGCAGAUCAACUCUGCUAGACAGUAAAACAGUGUUGACAGCUAGUGUCCCAUAGCCGAUGACAAAAGUGUCUCACAUGCAUGCAGCUGUAUAUGUAACAUAGUUAUGAAGACAAGAAACGUUUAUAGAUAAAAACUUCAUUGUUUCUAAUGCCAUUACAGGGCUUCUUUUUGCCCCUUCAUCAAGUGAAUGACUUGUACAUGUGGAUAUAUAUACAGACAGUUUCAUGUUUACACGACAUAUGUAACAAUAGUCGGAAAAGUGUUGACAACUUGAUGUCCCACACAGAAGCUGACAAAUGUUGGAGACAACUUUGUGUCUGAUGUGCAUGAAGCCUUUGAUAACUGUAACCACAGGAUGACAAAUUGUUGACAACUUUGUGUCUUAUAUGUAUGGAGCAUUUGAUAACUGUAACCACAGGAUGACAAAUUGUUGACAACAUUGUGUCUGAUAUGUAUGGAGCCUUUGAUAACUGUAACCACAGGAUAACACAUUGUUGACAACAUUGUGUCUGAUAUGCAUGGAGCCUUUGAUAACUGUAACCACUGGAUGACACAUUGUUGACAACAUUGUGUCUGAUGUGCAUGGAGCCUUUGAUAACUGUAACAACAGGAUGACACAUUGUUGACAACAUUGUGUCUGAUAUGCAUGAAGCCUUUGAUAACUGUAACAACAGGAUGACAAAUUGUUGACAACAUUGUGUCUGAUAUGCAUGGAGCCUUUGAUAACUGUAACCACAGGAUGACACAUUGUUGAAAACAUUGUGUCUGAUAUGUAUGGAGCCUUUGAUAACUGUAACCACCGGAUGACACAUUGUUGACAACUUUGUGUCUUAUAUGUAUGGAGCCUUUGACAACUGUAACCACAGGAUGACAAAUUGUUGACAACAUUGUGUCUGAUAUGUAUGGAGCCUUUGAUAACUGUAACCACCGGAUGACACAUUGUUGACAACAUUGUGUCUGAUGUGCAUGGAGCCUUUGACAACUGUAACAACAGGAUGACAAAUUGUUGACAACAUUGUGUCUGAUAUGUAUGGAGCCUUUGAUUACUGUAACCACCGGAUGACACAUUGUUGACAACAUUGUGUCUGAUAAGUAUGGAGCCUUUGAUAACUGUAACAACAGGAUGACACAUUGUUGAAAACAUUGUGUCUGAUAUGUAUGGAGCCUUUGAUAACUGUAACCACAGGAUGACAAAUUGUUGACAACAUUGUGUCUGAUAUGCAUGGAGCCUUUGAUAACUGUAACCACAGGAUGACACAUUGUUGACAACUUUGUGUCUGAUAUGUAUGGAGCCUUUGAUAACUGUAACCACAGGAUGACACAUUGUUGACAACAUUGUGUCUGAUAUGUAUGGAGCCUUUGAUAACUGUAACCACCGGAUGACACAUUGUUGACAACAUUGUGUCUGAUAUGCAUGGAGCCUUUGAUAACUGUAACCACAGGAUGACAAAUUGUUGACAACAUUGUGUCUGAUAUGUAUGGAGCCUUUGAUUACUGUAACCACCGGAUGACACAUUGUUGACAACAUUGUGUCUGAUAUGCAUGGAGCCUUUGAUAACUGUAACCACAGGAUGACAAAUUGUUGACAUCUUAAGUGUGUAAUAUGACACACAAAAGGCCGAUGACAUCCAAUAAAUA